AUGGUGACCUCUUUUCAGGAGUAUGUGUUUUCCAGAUGCAAGACUGCAGGGCUGAACAACAGUUUAUUGACUGCACCAGCAUCUGCUCAGCUGUUUUCAAUAAGGUCCUCUGGAAAUCCAGAAGAAGAUGAGGAGGAAAGCCUCACUGGAGGGAGAGAGUUCAGCUGCCAGGCUCUGAGGAGAGCAAGGAACUGCUGCUGCCAGUUAAACCAGCCAUGCUCUCCAGAGAGCCUGCCCGGACAGUUACUCCUCCAUCUUCCAAAAACCAGUUACUGCCAAGGUGAGAUACCUGAGCCCAAUGAAAAAAUGGCAUCCCCGGCAGAACCAGCCUCACCAGUAAAAAGCACUGAGGAUGAAGGAACUGAUUCUGUUUCUGAACUGAAUAGCUCACCCGUGAACAAUCUGGAGGCAAAGAGCACCGAAAGUGCUCUCAAAAGAGUGUUAAGCUUCAGGAGAAGUAAACGAAGUCCAGCCAAAGACAAAGAUGAAAAUAAGAAGAUACCUGAGCCAAGUGAAAAAAAAGCAUCUCCAGCAGAACCAGCCUCCCCAGUGAAAAGCACUGAGGAUGAAGGAACUGAUUCUGUUUCUGAACUGAAUAGCUCACCCUUGAACAAUCUGGAGGCAAAGAGCCCUGAAAGUGCUCUCAAAAGAGUGUUAAGCUUCAGGAGAAGUAAACGAAGUCCAGCCAAAGACAAAGCAAGUGAAGACUCUGGCACCCUGAGAAGAAACAAAGGUUUUUUACCAAAAGCCUUCCAAAUAAAAGAAGAGGACAGCAGUGCUAAAAACAACAUGACUGACACCAGUGUGAACAAGAGUGGGGAGAAUACAGGGGUAGAGUCCAUUCAACAACAACCUCUCUCAGUCAUGGAAAUAAAUGAACUUAUUCAGAAAAAGCAACUUUUGGGGGCAUAUGCAAGCAUCAGGUGUUUGGAGAAAGAAGUUAUAUCUGAAAAAGAGGCCAAGAAAUAUGAAGACAAUCCUAUAGAAUAUGCCCGGAAAGCCAAGGAUGUGGAUAUGCUUUGUAACUCUGUCGCUAACUCAAUCAAAUCCAUUGUGGAGGAAACACUUGAUCAGCUCGAUAUAGAUGAAAGUUUGUUGACUUCUAUGGUGACCGUAAUCUCCAAGGAAGAAGCAGCUCAUGCUGAUGUACAGAGCCCCGGCUCUUCAGAAUCGGACUGGGUUGGCAGACCCAGAAAAUGGCGAGAGGUGUGGAAGGAAGCUGUCAGAGGGAGUGCUGAAAAGAGAGUCCGUAAGGUGCCUAUUUCAUUGAAGGAGGACAACGAUUCUUGGCUCGCUAUCCAUUUAGGGUUCCUCAGAAAACAUGUUAGUGAAGAUUUAUUGAAAAUCAAGCAGUCUGUACAAAAGUGUUACCCAGAUGACUAUAAAGUUUGUGGAAGAUACUUUGAGUCCUUUCACAGUGCCAUUUCUUCACACCUGCAAGAUCUCUUGCAGAGACCCUUGGAAUUCAAUGAACUUUACGCAUUACUUGAUUGGGUUGUUAACACAUACUAUAGCAAAACUCUCCUGGGACACCCUGAUCUCCAAGCAGAGGUAAAGACUGAGAAUCUCCCUUGGUUGUUACCAUCAGAAACUUGGGAUAAACUGAAAAAGGACUACAAGGAUUCUCUAGCGGAGAAAAUAAAGCACUAUUUGGAUAACAUUCUGAAGCUGGAGACCAGAGAAAAGUGGAAGGAGGAAAAGCAGCCAGAAACCUCACAAACCGAGUACUACUCAUCGCUGUCCUUGGAUAUUCAAACGUUCAUUGGACAGCAUAAGAACGAAUCUGGCAAAAUCUUGGAAAGUCUGGAAACUGCAACUCUUGAGAUCAGCGUAAGAGAACUGAGAGAAUUCAUACCAAGAUUCAGGAAGGCAUUUGUGGAGUGGUACAAAGAGAGAGAGGAUUUGUUGUUUGUGCCAUAUUUAGUAGCCUACGUUAACACCUUCCGUGACCUGUUGAAAGGCUUACAAACAACAUUUAACGCUGACACUAUGGAACUGGAAAAUGUCCUGACUGAUGUGACAAUGAGCUUCAGAAAGGAUGUUUUAGAUAAAUUAAAACAAAAAACGCAGCCACUCUUUAAGAAAAUUCUGACCAACGCGUGGAUGUUAAAUAGUGAAAUACUGGAUUCAAUAAUGUCAACAACUGUACAAUUUUGCCAACACCUAAAACAUUUAGAGCAGCCUGUUGACAAGGAUUUUCUAGGUGAUGCUCACAAGUAUGUGGUGAGAGAAUACAUCACACAGGCUAUCAAACCAAGAAAGAAAAUGAAGACAGCAAAGCGGGAGGAGGUUGGCAAAAAGAUGAAGGAAGAAGCCGCUGUCAUACGUAACAGCUUCAGAGAGCUGGGCUCUAAUAUUGAUUGGCUUAAUUCUGCUAUUCAUUACAUCGCAAACAUAAUUUCUGAGAAGAACAGACACAAAAUCAAGGACUAUAUUGAGGAAAUAUGUCAGGCUUAUCCAGAUGUCAGAAAGGAACAUAUUGAAGCUGUUCUCACCUGUCGAGGAUUGGACCGGAACAAGAAAAAGUCCAUUAUUCAGAAAAUAGACAAACUCCAAGAAAAUGCAGAAAGCAUGGCUGAUAGAACACUCUUUGCCGAGAUUGACCCUCCAACUCUUGUCACAUGCUUUUAAAGACUAGCUAGACAACAGAAAUAAAAGCAUCCAAAAUUUUUUUUACAGUUCUUCUAUGUCAUGCUCCUAAACAUGACUCCUGCUCCUCCCUGCCCAUAACUCAAAACAUUGUAACAGAGGUACAGAAAUUGACUCUCAUUUCCAGAAGACAAGGACAAUGGAGGAGUCAAUAUAUUGCACAAAGAGGUCCCUAAGCAAGCCCUGAUAAAUACCUAGAGAAUAGUAUCACAGUGGUAGCUGUGUUAGUCUGGAUCUAUAAAAAGCAACAAAGAGUCCUGUGGCACCUCAAAGACUAACAGAUG